CGGGCGGAGGUUACCAAGACUUGUAUAUAAGUGAGUGCCAGUGUCCCAGUGUCAUCUCGUCCUUUGACCAGAACUCAAGCUGUUUUCAGGAGAUCUAGACUGCAGUGUCUCCAGACGCCUCCUCACACACCAGGAUGUUUUCCUUCCUGUUCUUCGCUGUGCUCUGCACCAGCUGCCUGGCUGCUCCCAUGAUGAACUACUCCUACUCUCCAUCUGUUGGAGGUGGUAGUGGCACGUCCUUCGCCACAACAGGAGAAGGACGGAUCACAGGGAUCAGAGUCUAUGAGCGGAGCAGCGCUUACAUCUGUGGAAUCCAGCUGCGCUACGGUGGCAUUUGGGAUGAAUUAGUUGGUGGCGGAAAUGAGCAUUUACAAGAGCUGGAACUCUUUGAUGGAGAGACCAUUGUUCAGGUCUCUGGCAAAUACCAAAACAGCUAUAUCUAUCAGAUACGGUUUGUGACCUCCAGAGGGCGCUCCCUGGUCGCCGGCCAGCCGACAUAUAACUCCUUUAACUUCUACGCGAAUCACCCGGAUGCAGAGCUCAAACUGCUGAGUGGCCGCUUCAAUAGUGCUGGGAUUACUUCACUGGGAGCUCACUGGGGAACCAUCAUGCAUCAAAGCCACGAUACCUAUGUCUAAUGAAGAGCAAUAUAUAAUCCAAUAUGGAUUCAUAUUCAUUAUCUUUCUAUGAGGAAAUUACAAAUUACUUAGGUUAUAGUGUUACAUGUAUUAUUAACAUAUGUGCACUGGGAAAUAUUAUACCAGAAUGGUUUAUUAACAAAGAAAAAACAGCAUAAUUACUGAUGACUAUAAAUAACAGAAUUAGAUCAACUUUGUGACUGUGAUUCAGUUAAACACACAGGAUCUACUAAAUGUGUGCUUUAAGGAUGAUGCUUUUUUGCAUCAGAUGAAGGAACUUUAAUUAAAAGCAUGUUGCACAUCUGCAGCAUUGAAGGAAACAAAGCAGAGAUGUAUUGUGUUGAAUACCAAAUGUAUGUUGGGAAAUGCUACAAAAUAGUGUACAAAUGACUGUGACUUGUGUAUUUGUAAUGGUUAAAGAAAUGUUUUGUUGCAUACUCUUGUAUUUCAUGUAAGAUACUCAUAUAUACUAUUUUGGCUGAUGCACUAUCAUCCAAAAAGAAAAUUAUUAAA